CUGGCGCGGAGCGACGUGCCGGGGGUCUGGCUGGCUGGGGGCGGCGCCCGCGGGAGCCGAGCCUGGAGCCGAGCCUGGAGCCGCGGCCUCUGGUCCCCGCGAUGGACUCGACCGGCGAGAGUAUGGGGGAACCGGCGCGGACCGCGGGCGCCGGCGGCCUGCUCCCUCUGGAGCGGCAGCUGCACGAGGCUGCCAGGCAGAACAACGUGUGCAGGAUGAGGGAGCUGGUGGCCCGGAAAGUGAACGUCAGGGCCAGGAACCACGAAGGCAGGGUGGCCCUGCACUGGGCCGUGGCCGCUGGACACGAGGAGGCGGUGCAGCUGCUUCUGGAUCGCGCGGCAGCCGUGGACGACGAAGAUGUGUUUGGAAUGAACGCAUUGCUUCUGGCUGCCUGCUAUGGGCAUUUGCAUAUCCUCCAGACCCUGGUCCGUUCUGGAGCCAACAUCCACUGUGAGAACAAGGACGGCCUGGGCCUGCUGCACUGUGCCGCGCAGAAGGGCAACCUGCAGGUGCUGGCCUUCCUGGUGGAGGAGCUGGGGGGGCUGCCCCUGGACGCCGCUGACAAGCUGGGCAGGACCCCAUUCCAGCUGGCAGCGGAAGCUGGGUACCUGCAGGUGUUGAAUUUCUUCGUGGACCUGGGCUGCGACCUCAAUGUCAAGGACAAGGAGGGGAACACGGCCCUGCACCUGGCUGCCGGCCGGGGCCACACGGCUGUGGUGCAGAGACUUGUGAACCUGGGGCUGGGGCUGGAGGAGAGCAAUCAGAGUGGCCAGACGGCCCUGCACGCCGCCGUGGAGGGGGUGCAUCUGCUGUGCGUGCGGCUCCUGCUCCGCGCCGGGAGCAGCGCCAACGCCGUCACCCAGAAACAGAGCAGCUGCCUCCACUACGCAUCCCUGUGCGGCUCCAAAGACGUGGUCCGGGCCCUUCUCCAGGCGGGAGCCUGCACCAACCUGGCUGACCACAGGCAGCAGACGCCCCUGCAUGUCGCGGUGGAACACGCCAGGCACGAUAUCGCAGAGAUGCUGCUCCUCGCUGGCGUGGACUUGGACCUGCGGGACAAGCAAGGGAAAACCGCCCUGGCUGCGGCCGCGCGCAGCAACCACGUCAGCCUGGUGGACAUGAUCAUCAAAGCCGAGCGAUUCUACAGCCGGGAGCAGGCUCGCCUCUCGUGCAAGGACCCUGCGGACCCCGUGGAGAAGACGGUGACCUUUAAGUCAGACUUUCGGCCGGAGAUGCGUCCGCUUCGCUUCGUGCUGUGGCAGCUGGCCUCCAAACACCUGCAGCCAAACGAGUGGAAGCAGCUCGCGGACUGGUGGGGGUUCACGGAGCCCCAGGUCGAGGCCAUUGAGCAGCAGUGGACAGGCACCAAGAGUUACCACGAGCACGGCCACCGGAUGCUGCUCAUCUGGCUGCACGGGGUGAGCACUGCCAACGAGAACCCCUGCAAAGCGCUGUUCGAAGGCCUCAUGGCCAUUGGCAGGAAGGAGCUGGCAGUAUACGCUCUGGAGGACAGUCAGAAUGUGGCCUUGUGUGGCGAGGCCCUGGGCACGGAGUGACACUUCCCGUCGUCUUUGGCAGAAAAUAUCCGGAAGAAAGUGAACGCAGAGCCCCGGGCCCCCAGGAGAUGCUUGGCCAUGUGACCCGGAGCGGGGACCAGGGCACAGAAGAGGACAAGCACUGAGGGCUUUUCAGUCUCGUAACUGGACAGGCCUCCAGCUGCUUCCUGUGACGCCCGGCAGACACUGUGUGACGUGCCCUGACCCUGGUCCUUCGGACAUACUGCAGUGUGCCCUGACAUUGGUCCCUCAGACACUGUGUGACGUGACGUGACACUCGUCUCUCAGAUAUUGUGUGAUGUGCCCAAACUGGUCCCUCAGACACUGUGUGACGUGCCGUGACACUCGUCUCUCAGAUAUUGUGUGAUGUGCCCAAACUGGUCCCUCAGAUGCCUUGUGAUGUGCUGACAUUGGUCCCACAGACUGUGAUGUGUGACACUGGUCCCUCCUCUCCUCGGGUCAAGCACAACUUCACUUCUGAACUUCUCCUAGUCCUUCUGUCCCAAGCCUCACUUCCGUCCCCAGGACUUUGGGAUUGCAUACUCAAGUGCCAGCUACUCUAGGGACACGGGUUGGUGGGAAGGAGUUUUUCUUCAGGCCCUCGCACCCUGAGAAGGCAGGAGUUCUUGUCCCAACAGGACCCAACCUCUGGCCUUGGGGUUAAAGAAGCUGGCGGGAAAGUCAGAAUAAACUCUGGUUGUGGACAGGGGAGGGGAGGCCUGUCUGGAAGCAAGAUGGAGCCUCUGACGCUUGCUCACUUGUCCCCUGAGGUGAAACUGAAUCUACCCAGACAGGCUCUGGGGGUGGGGGUGAAAAAGCAGGUAAGUUGUGGCGAGACUCGAGUCCAGUGUUACUAUGUGCCGUCUACCCAGCCUGACCGUUUCCUGGCAAACUGGAUGCCGCUUCCCUGGCUCCGAUGGGAGAGGGUGGGGGUGGGGGUGGGGGUGGGGGGGCGCCUCAGCUAUUCCUUUGCCCUGUCUGUGACUGAUUUCAGAUGUAAUUCAACUAUCUCAGUUAUAGCUUAACGCAUAUACUUGAAGUGGACAUAAUCAUAGGAUCAUUUUCAGUCUCUUCAGCUGAAAUUUCUGUCUCUGGGACUUUGCCUUCAGCAUUGAUGUCUACACUGUGCCUCUAGAAAAUUCGCUACUGCUUAAAUGGCUUGAGAGAAAGGUC